AUGCGUUUUCAUGCUCUGGCCCUCGCAGCGUGCCUCGUGCUGCCUGGCCUCGCCAUCUUCGAAGAUGAUGCAUAUCACGUAGACUAUCAUCAUGCCCUCGUGGGCCUCCCGAAACACGACACGACCUUCUUCCAGCAACCAUAUGCAGGGUCCAAAGCAUCCCUCCUCUACACGUUGUCUCAGAAACAGGUCAUUGCGGCCGUGAACCCCAAGGAUGGCGCACUUGUAUGGCGACAGCGCCUGUCCGGCCAGCGUGGCAUGCUGCGGGCCGGCGAGGAGCAGGACACGGUCGUCAGCGCGACGGGGGACAGCAUCACUGCAUGGAGCGCCUCGGACGGAAGGCUUGCUUGGGAGGCCAGGAUGAAUGGCGCAACCGUCGAAGAUCUGGAGAUCCUGGAGCAGGAGGACGGAAUUACAAAUGUCGACUCCAAAGAUGCCAUCAUUCUGCUGGGCGGUGGCAGCCCCAGCGUGAGGAGACUCGACGGGAAGACGGGUCGGGUCAAAUGGGUAUACACAGACACCAGUGGAGACAUCCCGUUUCAGGUCUCAACCUCGCCCACCACCGUCUACUACAUCUCGCUCCACACGCCAAUUCUUGGAGGAUCGAAGCUCAAGGUCACUUCGCUGAGUCCAAUAACCGGGAAGAAACUUGACCAGUACACAUUGAGUUCGGAGGGCGAGAUACAGUCUCGCGAGCACAUCCUCUUCGCCGGAGCCAAUACGGCCGCUCCUCUCCUUGCAUGGACGGAUAAAUCGAACAAGGUGCUGAAGGUCAAUAUCAUUGGAACGAAAGGUGUCUCGACCUUCGCACCACCGUCAACGGAUGUCGUGGAGAAGAUCAUUCUCCAUGCCCCGAAUCGAGUGAACUCCCUCGCACAUUUCUUGGUGGAAUACCAGACCACAGCCGGGCAUUCGGCUGAGAUUUACCACGUUGACUUAAAGAAAAACACAAUUUCCAAGGCGUAUAGCCUCCCUGAACUGGGUGGCAAAGGAACCUUCACUACGACGACCUCUGAUGCUAAUGUAUAUUUUACCAGAAUUACUAAGGAUGAGUUGACAGUUGUUUCUUCUGCCUCACAUGGCAUUCUUGGACGCUGGCCUAUCAAAGGACUGCCUUCCCUCGCCGCCGCCCACCCUGUUCACGGCGUUUCUGAAGUUGUCGUUAAGUCUGGCUCAGCUUCAGCUGUGCGAUCUGCAGUUCUCUUCUCGAAUGGGCAAUGGGUUCUCGUUCGCAAUGGAGAAGUAGCAUGGCAGCGUCCGGAAUUUUUGUCGGAUACAGUGUCUGCCGUAUGGGCAGAGCUUCCGGAGGAAGAAGCCCUUGCACAUGAACUCGAGGUCGAAGGUCACCAGAAUGUCUUCGCUGCUUACAUUCAUCGAGUGAAGAGACAUGUUCGUGAUCUGGAACAUUUUCCAGCUUGGCUUCAGAACAUUCCAAAUCAAAUUCUCAGCAAUCUUCUCGGGAAAUCUCAGGAGAACGCUAUCGGCGACAUACAGCAUGACACUUUCGGCUUCCACAAGUUGGUUGUCGUUGCAACUGAGCCUGGUCGAUUGGCGGCUCUGGAUGUGGGCUCUCGAGGGAAGCUGCUGUGGAAUAUUGAUCUUCAGCAAUAUGCUCCAGAGGCCACGUUCGUUCGACCUUCUUUGAAGGCGUCGCGUGGGUAUGUUGAAGUUAAGGACGAAGGCUUUGAGGGCUCUCUCCUUGUCAACACCACAACCGGAGGCCUACUUUCCCCUAAGGACAUCGACUUGCAACCCCCGGUGACGUCCGAUGCUCAAACCUUUGUCGCGUUUGAUCUGGUUGAUGGGGAGCUUAAGGGAUUCUUUGGAACUGACUAUAGUUCAGAUCCCGUCUGGACCUUCAACCCUCCUGAUGGCGAGAAAAUUGUCAAUUUCGCUUCACGGCCAGUCAAGGACCCAGUGGCCUCAAUUGGGAAAGUUCUUGGAGACCGACGCGUUCUUUACAAAUAUCUAAACCCGAACCUCGUACUCGUAACAGCGGUCCUCAAAUCCACGCAUACCGCAUCUUUCUACCUUUUGGAUUCUGCGUCUGGGGAGUUACUUCACGCCAUCUCUCAUCACGACGUCGAUGUCUCUCGCCCAAUCCCAUCCACAUUUUCAGAGAAUUGGUUCAGCUACUCUUUGACCAUCGACUCGACCUCGGACCCCGCCUCUCGGGGCUACCAGCUUGUAGUCGCUGAGUUAUUUGAAUCCGACAUUCCAGAUGACCGUGGACCAUUAGGCGCUUCGUCUAACUCAUCCACCCUGCAGCCUUCCUCCGCCACGGGCGAUGUAGCGAAACCUUAUGUACUCUCGCAAACCUACCAAAUCGCGGAGGAAAUCUCCCACAUGACUGUUACGCAAACAAAACAAGGUAUCACCAGCCGGGAACUUCUAGUCACAUUACCUUCAUCCAACGCCAUCGUUGGCAUUCCUCGCCACAUCAUCGACCCCCGACGCCCUGUUGGUCGCGAUCCUACCACUUCGGAAGCCACCGAGGGCUUGACGAAAUACACGCCCUUUAUCUUCAUUGACCCAAAGUGGCAUCUAAACCACAAAUACGAGGUAAUAGGAAUUAAAGGAGUCAUCACAAGCGAGAGUGGUCUUGAGAGCACAAGUCUAGUCUUUGCAUACGGGCAAGAUAUCUUCGGAACUCGUGUAGCGCCCAGUUUCGCAUUCGAUGUGCUAGGCAAGGGCUUCAACAAAGUGCAGAUGCUCCUUACUGUCGCUGCCCUCUUCGUCGGCGUAUUAUUCGUUGCGCCUUUGGUCGGGAGAAAGCAGAUCAAUUCCCUUUGGACAAUGUGA